UCGAUACGUAAGCCAUUCGAACAGUUGUCUGAAGACACAGGAAAACUCAAAUCGAGCGUCUAAAAUCGCAGUUUGGUUCAACAGUGUGAGCUCUUCUGGAUUGAUUACCGUGAGACCAGACUGUUAUUACAGCAGUCGAGGAGCCAAUGAGAGCCAGCAAUCGAGGAGCCAAUGAGAGACAGCAGUCGAGGAGCCAAUGAGAGCCAGCAGUCGAGCAGCAAAUGAGAGCCAGCAGUCAAGGAGCCAAUGAGAGCCAGCAGUCAAGGAGCCAAUGAGAGCCAGCAGUCAAGGAGCCAAUGAGAGCCAGCAGUCAAGGAGCCAAUGAGAGCUUAAAACCACAAGACCGAACUCUUGUUUGCUCAAUAUGUCGCCUUGUUGUGCCUGUUCCCGCCAAAGGUAUCGAGGCAUUUCCAUUGAAUUUUUUCAUCAACAACAUGUUGACAGUGUUAGCAGUGCAGAACCCAACAAAAUGCACCAACUGCGAGGAUAGUUCCCAAGCCACAGCUCGGUGUCUGGACUGCGUGGAAAAUCUCUGUACAAAUUGCGUGGUUGCUCACAAGAGAAUUCGCCAGACAAAAGAUCACAGGAUUUUGUCUUUUGAAGAGAUCCAGGCAAAUGAAGUGAAGGAAAUUAUUCGAUGUCCUUCAUUUUGCUCUGUACAUCCACGAGAGGUACUUAAGUAUUUCUGCGAAUCGUGUGAAGAAGCCAUAUGCCGCGAUUGUGCCAUCUACGAACACAGAGAGCACAUCUAUGUGGAUCUUAAAGAAGCUGUCAAGAAAUACAGGUCAUCUAUCGCGGCCCUUCAAGACAAGACCAAACGCAAGAUCCCAGUCCUCCGCGCGGCUGUCGAGGAGGUACAUGACGUCACGAGAGAUUUGAGAGAAAGGGUUGAUGUGGUACGUGACACCAUUCAUAACACCAUUCAGAAUCACAUCCGGGAGUUAGAAGAGCAGGAACGACAGCUCAUUGACCAGCUUGAAAGCAUAUCCAGCUCUAAGGAGAAGGUUUUAACUUCUCAGCAGGAAAUUCUGGAACUAGACUUAGCAAACCUGCUUAGUAGCUGCGAGUUUACGGAGAAUGUGCUUAGGUAUGGAAACGAGGCUGAGAUAAUGUUGGUGAAGCCGCAAAUGGUCAGCAGACUCCAGAGCCUGAACGAUCACGAGUCGCAGUGUGAACCAGAAGAAAAUGAGGUAGUGGAGUUCUCUUCCAGUGACCAGCAGCUCUCCAAAGUCAUUGCUCAGCUUGGUCAAGUCUCCACCAGUUUUGUGUUCCCUAUGCUGUCAUGCGCAGAGGGUCCCGGGCUCAGCCGAGCUAAGGUUGGGCACAGGUCAACGUUUACAAUCAUCACAAAGGACAGAAAUGGAGAACCAUGUACAUCUGGAGGAGACGAAGUGUCAGUCAAACUUCACUGUCCAAACGGUCCGCCAAUCACAGCUGACGUAGACGACAAUGAUGAUGGCACUUACACAGCUUCCUUCACCCCAAUAUUUAAGGGAGAUCACCAAAUCACGGUUCACAUCCGGGGUAAACCUAUUCAAGGAAGUUCGUUUGACUUACAGGUCACGUCAGGAAUAGACUGUGAAAAUAUUGGUCCAGUGAUGUUGAGGUUUGCACCCAACAGUAAUAAGACUAAUGAUGAGUAUUACGAGCCAUGGGGAGUGACUGCUGACCCCGAGGGGUUGUUUGUGGUGUCAGAUCAUCACAAUCACCGCCUUCAGGUUUUUGACGGAAAUGGUCGCCUACUGUACCAGUUCGGCACGCGGGGUAAAGCAGACGGGGAGAUUUGGUACCCAGCGGGAGUAUGCCUAGAUAAAAGUGGUAACAUCUUUGUAGCAGAUCAUGGAAAUCACAGAAUACAGGUUUUCACACGCGAGGGACAGUUCCUUCGAAAAUUUUCGUCUAAAGGCAACGGUCUUGGACAACUCAAAGGUCCCUGUGGUCUCGCCGUAGACUCUGAAGGUCGGAUCAUCGUCGCCGAGCGCGAUAACCACCGAGUGCACAUCUUCGAUCCCGACGGCCAAGCGAUUAUGCACUUCGGCGUGUAUGGAGAUGGUGAAGGAAAAUUCCACUGCCCGCGACAUGUUGCAGUUGACCAGGACGACAGCAUUUUAGUGUCGGAUGCUGGGAACUCGCGCGUGCAAAAAUUUGACCGGAAAGGGCAGUUUUUGGCAAAGAUCGCAGGAAAGGGAAACAACAAAGGUCAGCUCAGUUGCCCCGCGGGAGUAGCAGUUGAUUCAGAGGGACACAUCGUGGUGGCGGACUUGAAGAACUUCAACGUGCAGAUAUUUGAUUCGGAUGGUAUUUUUGUUAAGAAACUUGGUGUUGCAGAGGAAUCAAAGAAUGCCAGUGUUUUUAGCAAACCCACAGGAGUGGCCAUCUCAGGAAAUGGCAAUGUUGUUGUAGCUGACAGAGGGCAUCAUUGUUUACAAGUAUUUUAAUCUGAGGACAGAUACAGCGGUUGACCGAGCGCGUGAUCGGAAGAAAAAAUUUUCUUUGUCUUUGAAAAGUCUUCUUUGUCAUUAAUAAACUAAUGGAAGGUUUACAGUGGAGGAUCCAGGGAGGUCCCGGAUGUAGAUCCUCCCCUUAAAACAAUAGUUCUUCCAAUUACAGGAUUGCAUGUAACUACUAAACUUGUAGUACUUAAAACGUAAUUGUAUUAAAAUAUUCUUUAACUUGU